UCUCUCCCCUCCCUCUCACUUCUGUUUUAGCCGCGGGCGGACGUCGCCCGCUGUUCCAGGUGAGAGCAAGGUCACAAGCAUGCCUCGUCCCCUCGCCGCCCUCGCCGCCCUCGCUACCCUCGCCGCCCUCCUGCUGCCACCGACGCUUGUGCUCGGUGGGGCGAGCGCCGCGAGGUCCCGCAUCUCACCGUCGUCCGGCCACCGUGCCAAGCGAGACGACGCGCUCGCGCAGCGUCUGGUGGCGCUGGGGGAGGAGGCAGCGCGCGGCGUGGCCUACUGCUCCAGCGGCCGCCUGCCGCCCAGCGUCCCGUCGAUGCCCUCCCUCGGCGGUUGCUGCCCAGGGCGGAACGACGCGUGCUGGCUGCCCUUCCGCGACUCUCGCUGCUACUGCGACCUCUUCUGCAACCGCACCGUGUCCGACUGCUGCCCCGACUUCUGGCGGUCGUGCCUGGGCGUGCCUCCCCCGUACCCGACGCCCGACCUCGGGUGCAUGCGUGGGGGGCAGAAGUUCCCAGCCGGCAGCCGGUACCGCGACAACUGCAACCUGUGUGUGUGUGAGCAGGACGCGUGGUCAUGCGAGCAGAACCCGUGCCUUGUGAGGCCAGAGCUGAUCGCACGCGUGAACCAUGGACCGUAUGGGUGGACAGCCUCCAACUACACCUCGUUCUGGGGCCUGUCCCUGGAGGACGGCAUGUCCACCCGCCUGGGCACUGCCCAGCCUGACCCCGCCGUGCUGGCCAUGACGUCCGUGCGCGUGCCCAUGCGAGACGGUGAUUUCUUGCCGGAUGAGUUUGACUCCCGGGUCAGGUGGCCCGGACUCAUCCACGCGCCCGAAGACCAGGGCAACUGCGGCGCGUCAUGGGCCUUUUCCACCGCGGCCGUGGCCUCGGACCGCCUCUCCAUCCAGACCCUGGGCCGCGUGCGUCACGGCCUCUCCCCGCAGCAGCUGCUCUCCUGUGACCCCCAGGGCUCUCAUCCCGGUUGGAGGCCCGCUCAGGGGGCCGCCGGGGGCUGCCGCGACGGGAGGUUGGACCGUGCCUGGUGGUACCUGCGCCACGCUGGCGUUGUGACGGACGAGUGCUACCCACUUGGGGGGGGAGACCAACAGCUGCAGUGCAUGAUGGGAAGCCGGAGGUCAGGCCGGGGUCGUCGCGAGGCCACGCGCCCGUGCCCCAACCCCAGCGCCAACGACAACCGCAUCUUCCAGUGCGGCCCGCCGUACCGCAUCGCCACGGACGAGAUAGCCAUCAUGAAGGAGAUCAUGAUGAACGGCCCAGUGCAAGGUGAGAGACAUGGAGGAGCGCUGAUGGAGGUACACGAGGACCUGUUUGUGUACUCGCGGGGCGUGUACUCGCACACGGACGCGGCGGCCUCGGAUCCGCCGCACUUCCGGCGCCACGGGAUGCACUCCGUGCGCAUCGUCGGGUGGGGCAAGGAACGGACUCCGAACGGAUACGACACCAAGUACUGGAUCUGCGCCAACUCGUGGGGGCCGCGGUGGGGCGAGGAGGGGUUUGUGCGCGUGGCGCGCGGGCGCAACGAGUGCGGCGUGGAGGGGCUCGUGACGGGCGUGUGGGCCCGUGUAACCCCCGACAUGAUGGCCACCGCGCCCCACGCCCGCCACCAUCAGCAGCAGCAGGGCGACUAUCAGCAUGGCGGCCAUGAUCAGCAACAUGGCCACCAGUAUGGCCACUGACAACACCAUCGGCAAGGCCACCGUUAUGGCCACCACUGGCAGCAACAGCCGUGUAGCCACCAGUUUGACCACCAGUUUGGCGACCAACAACAUCAGUCGUUUUACCACCAACAGCGGGUGCCAUCGGCAGUAACAACAGCGGGAGUAUCACCAACAUGGCCGCCACCAGCAGCAACAAUAUCAGCAUGACCAUCAACAUGGCCACCAACAACAACAACACCGCUAGUGAGGCCACUGGUAUGGCCACCAGCACGGCUCCGAGCAUCACUAACAACCGCGUGGCCAACAGUACAACUUCUAACAAUGCCAUCGGUCGUUGCGUGACCACCAACACGACUGCUAUCAACACAGCCGCCAUCAACAACAGCAGGAUAACCACCAGGGUGGCCGCAACCACCAACAAGAACAACAACAGUUGGAUCGUGAUCACCAACAAGGCCACCAACUACACCACCAUCAUCACCACAAAGGCCACCGGCAUGUGUGGCCACGAGCAGAACAGUCACUCGCAGAGUUCGUACACGGCCACCAACACGGCCGCCGCCAGAGAUGUUUCAUCAGGAUUGCCACGUUUCCCACUGGAGACCAAAACCCUGACGCGUUUCUCGGGUGGGCACCAGAUCUGUUAUCGAAGCCGCGCGUGGUCUACUGCAAUAAAGUUCAACACGGUAGCGGUAGCAGAUCUCAGGACAAAUCCGUUUCUGCUGCUGCCACCACCACCAGAAACAGCUGCCAAUUCCCAGACUGUCCAGGGUGGCAACCCCUGAAAAAGAAGAAAAGCUGUCAUCAACAAAAUUACCAGCAAUGUCCUGACCACCAGCAUGGCUUCCAAUGGGAUGACCACUAGGUUAUAUGUAGGUGUGUGUGUGUCUGUGUUGGCCUUAACGUGCACAUAGCCUGGCACAAGCGCCGUGGUGACGUCACCGCCACUUAGUGGUGAAUGGCGGUUGUUGUUAGUGCCGGGCUAAGCUAGUGCGGGGCCUGUAGCAUAUGUUAUAAAGGGGCCCUAAAUAAAAUAAAAACACGUAAAUAUUAUAACACACAUUUUUUACUUUCACAGUAAAGUAAUUGUAAUUUUUUCAUUUGCUAUACAGCCAGAUAAUACGACAAAUCGCUAACCUUAAACACCCAGUCGUUCAUAAAAGUCGAAGGCGGUAUAGUACUAUAGUAAUAGAGCAAGUGCAGAAUCACUGAACCGGAAUUGAUAGCUUGAAAGCAUUUAGCGCGGGGCACCUUGAAAGUGCGAGGCCCGUAGCAUAUGUAGCUUCUUGUGCUAAUAGGAUAAUCCGGCACUGGUUGUUGUUGUUGUGUUGGACAAUGCAUGUAUGCAUGUACGUGUAAUAGAUGCUGCUACUCGCUAACAGCACUUGCUCCCAACAGUCUGUUAUGGCUAUAUAUGUGUGUGUGGGGUAGGGGGGGGGGUUCUUUAUCUUUGUAGGGGUGUACGUGAGAGCGGUGGCACAAGCGGCUAUCACGCUGCGUUGCAAACCCAGGAACCCGAGUUCGAUUCCAGGCCACUGCUAACGUUGCUGGCGAAUUAAUAAACCCCGGUCGGUCCUGGGCAGAGGUCGCAAACGGGUUUUAAUUCCUUACCCGGACCCGUACCCGGCUGCACCAGGGUCGCAAAUCGGUACCCGUACCUGGCCGGGUACGGGUUCCCGUUCCCUACCCGUACCCUACCCGAAUUGAGUGACAAACGGUUACUCACCAGUGACUCACGGCCUAUCCGUACCCGUACCUGGGCCGCACCAGGGUCGCAAACGGCUACCCGUACCCGUACCCGGCCGGGUACGGGUAGCCGGGUAUCGGGUAGGGUACGGGUAUCGGGUACCCGGUUGCGACCUCUGGUCCUGGGGUCAUCCGCUAAGUUGACUUGGCUUUAACUGAGCAGUGCCCGGUGUGGUGUGUGGACAGCACUGGGGAGACAAAGGCGGUCGGGGCGUGGUUUUUGGCCACACCACGCCCUCGUUUGUCGUUUCCGGCCUUAAGAGGUGCUCGCUAACAGCAAUUGUCCUACCAUGGCCACUGUUAGGUUCAUGGAGGAUAUUUGUCCCUUUGGAGUGAAUAUAAACUGUAUUGUGUCCGUGCGUGUUGGAGGGUGUGUGUCUGGCACGUGUCCUGUGUGUUUGUGUCAUGCAGUGUUGGCAUGAUGGUUUCAGCAAUAGCAAUGCUAACUAAAUAUAAGGUAUAUUUUCACUUUGUUUUUCGAGAAUAUUUGUAAUAUUUCACUGAUGUUAAAGCCUCCUUUAGCGUGUGCGCUCACGCCUAAUUAAACCAAUUAACGGUCA